AUGAAGUUGCUAACAGAUGCCGACGUCAUCACGUAUCUUAAUAGCAAUCUAACCAAAAACUCUCUUGCCAAAUUUCAGAAUGUUUUGAUUGAGGGCUUGAAGACCUACAAGCAGAAUCCAGACAAAGUGGUCCCACCUCGAAUUGCGCAAAUGAGCAACAACGAAGACUCAGAUACAACCCACUUGUUCAUGCCCUGUAUUUCUCCUAAUGAAGUCGGAAUCAAGGUCAUAAGUGGAGGAGCCGGGAAUAAUGCCAAAGGGUUGGGUUUUCAAGGAUGUGUGCUUGUCUUGGACGAAAUCACUGGCUCGCUCAAUGCUUUAGUAAAUGCAAAAUCAUUGACAGCUUUCCGCACAGCAUUAGCCAGCACUUCGGGUCUCACCAAGGUGAUUCCUUACGACUGGGAAGAGGUAGAGCUUCUUCCAGAAUUGACUGUAUUCGGUGUAGGUGCACAGGCAUACUGGCACGUCAAGUUGAUCUUGACGUUCUACAAAGAGAAAAUUACUACAGUAAAUAUUCUCAACAGAUCGUUGGCCAAUGCCGAAAAAUUAUGUGACAGAUUUAGGGUUGAACAUCCUGAUGUAGUGUUCAACGAGUUUCUGUACGAAGGGGAUAAGAGCGAAUUUACUGGCCAUAUACGAAACAGUUCUAUCAUAAUCGGAUGUACUCCUGCGACUUCACCUGUGAUCUUGAACGACUAUAUCAACCAGGAUCCAAAGUACCACAAGUUCAUCUCGUUGAUCGGCUCAUAUAAACCUCACAUGAUCGAGCUCGACUUGGCUGUAAUAGAGCAAUUUAAAAGUACAGGUACCGCGAUUCUAGUUGACUCCAAAGAGCAUACUCUCCAUGAAGCAGGAGAACUUAUCCAAGCUGAUUUUGACGCAGAUCACCUCAUCGAGAUUGGAGAAUUGUACGACCCCGACAAUUACUUGCCGCCCAAACUCUUCACUUUGCAUGCGAACAAUGUGGUGGUCCAGAAAAUUGUUGGGUUGUCCAUCAUGGAUUUGUCCAUUGCAAAGUGCAUUGCUGAGGAUACAAGGAGUGGAGGUGUGGAAGUGGCUGAAUUCUAA